UUCGUCAGCGUUCCCUGUAAAGAAAACGACGAGAAGAAGAGAGGGAGAGCUUAUUGUCAGUUGUACGUACGUAGAGAGAACGAGUAGUCGUACUUCUCAUUUUGACCUUCCACUGUUAUUACAUCUUGACAUCUAAAGGAAUCCGCGGUACCCGAUUCAAUUCGAAUCAUUUCGUCGCCGAUUCAAUCACACGUCGAUUGACGAUGCGGCCGUGCACGAUCGCGUUCCUCUUGUCCUUCUGCGGCCUCGUCGCGGUGCCGACCGUGACAUUAGACAUCUCGCACAACCUCUCACUGAGCGAGCUCAUAGAAAUGAUGCAGGAGAACACGGAACAGCCAAACAGCGCCAAAUUCAAUCCCGACGUCAAUCUUAACACUCUGCAGAUGAUAAGAAAAGCAGGUUAUCCCGCGGAGGGUCACGUUAUACAGACGGAGGAUGGUUAUCUCUUAACACUUCAUCGUAUCCCAGGUGACAAGGAUCAGCCACCCGUGUUGUUGCAGCAUGGUUUUUUGUGCAGCUCCGCUGACUGGGUCAUUCCCGGCAAGGAUAAAGGACUUGCUUUCAUAUUGGCCGAUCAGGGAUACGACGUUUGGCUGGGCAAUAUUCGUGGAAAUAUCUAUUCGAGAGCGCAUGUUUCUUUGUCGUCAUCGGAUUCAAGAUUUUGGAAUUUCAGCUUUCACGAAAUGGGCAUUUACGAUUUACCCGCGAUGAUCUCGUAUAUCACGAAUACGACAUUGCAACCAUUGUAUACGUACAUUGGUCAUUCGAUGGGUACGACUGCGUCUUAUGUGAUGGCAGCGGAACGUCCAGAUAUUGCUCAAGUGGUGCGAGCGAUAAUUAGUCUCGCGCCUACAGCUUUUCUGAAAAACAUAAAAAGUCCAUUACGAUUCUUCGCACCUCUUGCGGACAAAUAUCAGAUAAUGGCGCACUUCUUCGGCCAGGACGAAUUACUGCCGCAGAACAGUGUAUUGCACUUCCUAUCAAAAUACAGCUGCGAAAUAUUCCACUUUGAGGAGGAGAUCUGCGCCAACAUAUUAUUCCUGUUCGCUGGAUUCGACGAAGAACAAUUCGACUACGCUCUGUUACCUACGAUUUUGAGUCACGAUCCGGCUGGCGCCUCGACCAAAACGCUGGUUCACUUCAGCCAGGAAGUCCAGUCGGGUAAAUUUCGCCAGUACGAUUAUGGGCCCGAGAAAAAUCAGCUGAUCUACAAUGCAACAGAACCACCGGAAUACAAUUUAGCAAACAUCACCGUGCCGAUUGCGUUAUUCUACGCCGACAACGAUUGGUUGGCCAGUAGUCUGGACGUGAAGAGACUUUACAGCAUGUUACCCAACAUAUUGGACUUGUACAGGGUACCGUUUCCUAAGUUCAAUCAUCUUGAUUUCAUUUGGGGCAAAGACGCGCCUGAGCUUGUGUACAAGAGACUGCUCAAGAUUAUCAAGAACGACAAGUCGGAUAAUAAAGAUAAGAGAUACAAUAGUACAGACGGCACAGAUCAUUCGUCUACAAUGCGUUUGAUCGUGAACGUGUACCUUAUAUCCCUUUGCGGCCUCCUCGGUUCUGCAGCGGCCGGGAUACUCGACAUCCCGAGAAAUAUAUUCAACAAUGUAAUCGGAACGGGCAAGGAACAGUCAAACAUCUCUACCCAAGCCAAUCUCGAUAUGCUACAGAUAAUAAGAAAAGCGGGUUAUCCUGCAGAGGCUCACACGAUACAAACGGAGGACGGUUAUCUCUUAACACUUUAUCGUAUCUCAAAUAGAAAUGGUUCACCCGUGCUGCUGCAACAUGGUCUUUUGACCUGUUUCGCCGAUUUUCUCAUUCCUGGCAAGGAUAAAGGACUUGCUUUUAUAUUGGCUAACAACGGAUACGAUGUUUGGAUGGGCAAUUUUCGUGGGAAUACAUACUCGAGGGCACAUAUUUCUUUAUCUCCAUCAGAUUCAACAUUUUGGAAUUUCAGCUUUCACGAAAUGGGCGUUUACGAUCUUCCCGCGAUGAUCUCAUAUAUUACGGAUAUAACAUCGCGACCAUUAUAUGCAUACAUCGGUCAUUCAAUGGGCGCAACUGCUUCUUACGUGAUGGCAGCGGAACGUCCGGAAAUCGUUCGAAUGGUGCGAAUGAUGAUCAGUCUCGCGCCCGCGGCCUUUCUGAAACAUAUGAAAAGCCCGAUACGGUAUCUCACUCCUUACGCGGGAAAUAUUCAGAAUUUCAUGCGUCUUCUCAGCGAUGACGAGUUUCUGCCGCACAACACUGUGAUGCAUUACAUGAACAAGCUCGUCUGCACGAAAGGAAAAAUUUGCACCAAUUUGCUGUUUCUUCUCUGCGGCUUCGACAAGGAGCAGUUCGAUAUGACUUUGAUGCCUAUGAUUGCGAGUUACAAUCCAGCCGGUACCUCGACCAAGACGUUAGUACACUUGGCUCAGGAGCAUAAUUCCGGCAAGUUUCGUCAAUACGAUUACGGUCGCGCGAAAAAUCUACAGAUCUACAAUGCACCGGAACCGCCGGACUACAAUCUCGCGAACAUCACCACGCCGAUCGCGUUGUUCUACGCCCAAAACGACUGGCUAGCCAGCACUCCGGAUGUGAAGAAGCUCAUCGGCAUGCUGCCCAAUGUUGUGGACGAAUACGAAGUGCCGUUUCCCAAGUUCAAUCAUCUCGAUUUCUUAUGGGCCAAGAACGCACCGCAGCUUCUAUACAACAGAGUGCUCGAGGUCAUGAAAUUGGAAUCAACGCCAUCUUGACGAUCAUAAAAUUGCAAUUGUAAAUUUUAGUAUACAAUAUUUUAAUGUACAAGUUUUCAGUGUUGUGAAAAAUACUAUAAGUAAUAUUACUUGACAAAUUUAUCGCCGAUUAAAUUAUAAUCAACUGCAUGAAAGAAUGCUGCUCAAAACAAAAUUUCUAAUGACAUAACUUCGUUGUCCUUGGUCAGAUCUCUUUUUUUUAAUGCAUUUUUUAAAUAACAAAUUAAUUAAUAAUUUUAUUAACGCGAGCAAAAUAGUAGGCCAGGUAGAAUGCAAAAGUAAUUCAUAAUAUUUAUUAUGAAAUCAUGAUAUCACAAGGAUGUUAUUAUGACUAAUUCAUUUGUCACUAUUAUAUAUAAGUCACAAAUAAAAUGUAAAAACUGACGUCAUUAUAACCUCAUUUGCUUCUACGUUCUAUCUGAGACAGGCGUUAUUAAUUGAUAAUCACAAAUUAUAAGUUAAUUGGGUCAAAAGUGUUCUCAAGUCACUCUGAAUAGGGUUAUAAAGUGUAGUUAUACUAAUUAUACGUGCGGCCAAGAAUGUGAAA